GCCAACAGUGGGAGUACGUAAACCAACUUGUUACUCGCUCUCUCUCUUUUCUUUAUUUUUUCCAUUUAUAAUUACAACACAAUUCUUCUCUCUCUCAAAUAAUUUUCGAUCUCAAUUCCUAAAAAAUCUCAAUUAUAGGAAAAAAAUCCAACCCUAAAAUCCUCACUCUCUCUUUGCCUUCCCACACGGUGAAUUUUGUUGAAAUAAUACAAGAGAUGAGCAAAGAACACCCGCCUGAGCCACUCGAUUUCUUCAUUUGGACUGUUGAGGAUGUUGGUAUGUGGUUGGAAGAGAUAAAUCUUGGUAGCUACCGCCAGAUUUUCAAAGAAAAUGGUGUCAAUGGGGAAUACUUAGAAGGCAUGUCUAUGUUCACAACUGAACAGAUUCUUCGCUUUAUAAGGCGAUGCCAUAUGAAGUGGGGAGACUUCAUCACACUAUGCAAGGAACUCAGACGAAUAAAAGUGGCUUGCCUAAAAGGAGAGCAAAAAGUUCGCAGGCCAUGGUGGGCUCCUUCUUGCCUUUCAGCAGUCUUUGUGAAGGUGGCAAAGCGCAACAGACAGUCACGUGUUGUUUCCUUGAAGCUGGAAGCAUGAUUGCAAAAUAUGAUUUUAUGUACGUAUAUGUAGUUUUUCUUCUUGUUGAGGGAGCAAAAAGUAGGGAAAAACUAAACUUUUUUUCUUAAAUCUCUCAAGGUGUUGCUGAUAGUUCUUCCUUCAAGAACUCUUUUACAUAUACAAGCCUUUUUUUUAAUAU